AUCAUUCUAUACCGGGGGAGCUGUGCACUGCGGUCCCUGCUCGGGAAUCGCUGCUGCUCUUCCCAUUCGUCAGGGGCUUUCCAAUCACCUGCCUCUGCCACCCUCUCCGCUCCGCUCUUUGUACUUUAUUUUCACGUGCUCUUUACUAACACGGCUAUUUUUAAAUCCCGCUCGGAUUUAUUUCUCUCUCUUUCUUUCUUUCUCUCUUAUUUUCCUUUUUAAAUUUUUUUCCUUGUUUUAAUUUUUUUUUUCCGGGGGGGUGGGUGGGGGAGGGAGGUUAACGUUUGCAGGUCCCUAACGUUUGCAGAAGAGAUCCCACCAGCCAACCCAGCUCUGCCACUGCUGCAUCCAUCCAUUCAUUUUUAUGGUCACUAACAGCCUAUCCCGGUAGUGGAAGGUGCAAAGAAGUGGGAGGCAGGGAGAGAGAUAGAGAGAGAGAGAUCCGGACAGCGAGAAUGGCCGAGAGAAAGAGGAACUGGAAUAAAGAAGAUGACCUGCCUGUGUAUCUAGCUAGGCCGGGCACGACCGCCCAGACACCGCGACAAAAAUACGGGGGAAUGUUCGCCUCCGUGGAGGGGGCCUAUGAGAACAAAACCAUCGACUUCGAUGCCUACAGCGUGGGGAAGAAGGGGUCCCGGACCCCGCGGAGCGGCAGCCGGCACGACAUGCUGGACGGAGGGGACAACUACAGCGAGACCGCCAGCGACAUCAGCGAGAUCUCCGGCUCCGUCAUCAGCUCCCCGGGAGAUCGGGAGGACAAGACCCCGGGCGUGGAGAUCAAAUACCCCACGGGAAAGGAGCUGCUGCAGGGCCAGGACAAUGGACAGAGUGACCGACUGCUCAUUAAAGGUGGAAGAAUUAUCAAUGAUGACCACUCCUUCUAUGCAGACCUGUACCUUGAGGAUGGACUUAUAAAGCAAAUAGGAGAGAAUCUGAUUGUUCCUGGAGGAGUCAAGACCAUAGAGGCUAAUGGGCGCAUGGUUAUUCCUGGGGGAAUAGAUGUCAACACUUAUCUACAGAAGCCCUACCAGGGGAUGACUGCUGUUGAUGACUUCUAUCAAGGCACAAAAGCAGCACUAGCAGGGGGCACCACCAUGAUCAUUGAUCAUGUGCUUCCAGAACCUGGAACUAGUUUACUAACCUCCUUUGAGAAGUGGCAUGAGGCAGCUGAUACCAAAUCCUGUUGUGAUUAUGCUCUCCAUGUGGACAUCACCAGCUGGUAUGAUGGGAUUCGAGAAGAGCUGGAAGUACUCGUGCAAGACAAAGGUGUGAACUCUUUUCAAGUCUACAUGGCCUACAAAGAUCUCUACCAAAUGUCCGACAGCCAGCUUUAUGAAGCCUUUACCUUUCUAAAGAGUCUUGGGGCUGUUAUCCUGGUCCAUGCUGAAAAUGGAGACUUGAUAGCUCAGGAACAAAAGCGUAUUCUGGAGAUGGGAAUCACUGGACCUGAGGGACAUGCCCUGAGCAGGCCAGAAGAGCUUGAAGCAGAAGCAGUUUUCCGUGCCAUCACAAUUGCCAGUCGAAUAAACUGCCCAGUGUACAUCACCAAGGUGAUGAGUAAGAGUGCAGCUGAUAUCAUUGCACAGGCCAGGAAGAGAGGUCCCCUUGUUUUUGGAGAGCCGAUCACUGCCAGCUUGGGGACAGAUGGGACACAUUACUGGAGCAAAAACUGGGCCAAGGCUGCAGCUUUUGUGACCUCACCACCUCUGAGCCCUGACCCUACCACUCCAGAUCACUUAAAUUCGCUCUUAGCAUGUGGGGACCUGCAGGUGACGGGAAGUGGACAUUGCCCCUAUAGCACUGCCCAGAAAGCCAUUGGAAAGGACAACUUCACUAUGAUUCCUGAAGGGGUCAAUGGAAUUGAGGAAAGGAUGACUGUUGUCUGGGACAAGGCUGUAGCCACAGGCAAGAUGGAUGAGAGCCAGUUUGUAGCUGUCACCAGCACCAAUGCUGCCAAAAUCUUUAAUCUGUACCCAAGGAAAGGCCGGAUUGCUGUAGGAUCUGAUGCUGAUGUUGUGAUUUGGGACCCUGAUAAGGUGAAGACUAUAACAGCCAAAAGCCAUAAAUCGGCCAUUGAGUACAACAUCUUUGAAGGAAUGGAGUGCCAUGGUGCCCCUCUUGUGGUCAUAAGCCAAGGGAAGAUUGUGUUUGAAGAUGGGAAUCUGCACGUCAAUAAGGGCAUGGGCCGCUUCAUCCCUCGCAAACCUUUCCCUGAGUAUCUGUACCAGCGCAUCAAAAUCAGGAAUAAGGUGGGAGGACUGCAAGGAGUCUCCAGAGGAAUGUAUGAUGGACCUGUGUAUGAAAUCCCAGCUACGCCAAAAUAUGCAACUCCUGCACCCUCAACUAAAUCCUCCCCUGCCAAAAACCAGCCCCCACCAAUCAGAAACCUCCAUCAAUCCAAUUUCAGCUUAUCAGGAGCUCAGAUUGAUGACAACAACCCACGUCGUACCGGCCACCGCAUCGUGGCACCUCCUGGUGGGCGCUCCAAUAUUACCAGUCUUGGCUGAGAAAUGAUGAUGGACAGAAACACAAGGAUGAAGGAUCAUGGGAAUAAUGUCCAUUCCCUUCAGUAUCUGUGUUAUCGAGCCCACAGUUUUAUUUGGUACUAACGGAAAUAAAAAAACAAAAUGUC